AUCCCUGCAGCAGAGCGGCUCGGAUAUUAGAGCUUUAUUUCCCCCACGUUGCCAGGGUGAGUGAGUAAGUGGGCGCUCGUUCUGGAUGUCACGCAAAAACUAGUUCCUUUGGUUUACUAAAGCCGGCUGGUUGGCUGUGUUUUUCUAGGGGGGGAAAGGGGGGGUGGGAGGCUCACUGCGCUCUGGACGCGCAACAUGAAGUAGGAGGAGAGCAGCGGAGCGCGCUGAGAGAGACUCUCCAAGAGUUAGCGGUGUGUUCACGGCGAUAGAGUAUGAAGAAAUGUGAGUUGAACUUGUGGUAGAAUGGCACCUUAUCCCACAUGGGUGUCUGAGGGAUGGCAGCUUUUCACCACCACCAUCACCACCAUCCGAGCGCGGACCUGCGGCGGCUCUUCCACCGGCUCACCAUCGCGUCCUCUCUGAGCAUCCUCUGCUUCUCCCUGGUCUACCUCCUCACCGGAUGCUGCGAGUCAGAGCUGACAGAAAACUCUGAGAUCAGGCCACCCACGCGCGACUUCCUCGUGUCAGGAUCAGGAUGGCCGCUCGAGAGAAACGAAACCAGCGGUGCCAAGGAGGUGACCACCGCGUUUGGCGAAGGCGCGUUCAGCGGUCGUCCCGGGCUGGAGGCGAACAGUUCGGGGAAAGAAUGGACAGCAAGUCGGAGGUUACCCCAGGCUCUGAUCAUAGGGGUUAAAAAAGGAGGCACCAGGGCUCUGCUGGAGUUUCUGCGGCUCCACCCGGACAUCCGAGCCCUGGGGUCGGAGCCGCACUUCUUCGACCGGCAUUACGCACGGGGACUGGAUUGGUACAGAAGUAUGAUGCCCAAAGCUCUGGACGGCCAGAUCGUCAUGGAGAAGACACCUCGUUACUUUGUUACUGUGGAAACGCCAGCACGAGUCCAUGCCAUGUCGCAAGAUGUGAAGCUGAUUGUGGUCGUCCGUGACCCCGUGACCAGAGCCAUAUCUGACUACACGCAGAUCAUCUCCAAGACCCCCGACAUCCCCCCAUUUGAGAGCCUCGCCUUCAAGAACCGCACCACAGGUCAGAUCGACUCUCUGUGGAGCCCACUUUGGAUUGGCCUGUAUGCCCAGCACCUAGAGCGUUGGCUGGCCUGGUUCCCCAGGGCUCAGAUCCAUCUGGUCAGCGGGGAGAGACUCAUCUCCGAUCCGGCCGGAGAGCUGGGCAAAGUCCAAGACUUUCUGGGUCUCCAGAGAAUCGUAACGGACAAGCACUUCUACUUCAACAAAACAAAAGGCUUCCCCUGCCUGAAGAAGCCGGAGGGCAGCAGUAAACCUCACUGCCUGGGGAAAACGAAAGGGAGGACGCAUGCCUCCAUUGACCCGGAGGUGAUGCAGAGACUGAGGGAUUUUUACAAGCCGCAUAACCGGCGCUUCUAUCAGAUGGCGGGCCAGGACUUUGGAUGGCAGUGACCCUUUGAUUGUGUGGGACCAGAAGAUUUUGGGUAGAAGCCUGUGCAAAUUUUCCAUCUGACUGAAACGGAUGCAAUGACUCAGAGAGCGAAAGAUUCAGAACAGGGCUGAUUAACCGUGUCUGACUAGCAGAUGGACAUGUCAGAGACUUAGUGAUGAAAACAAAGUGUCAAUACAUUCACCCUUCAUCAAUCAGCCAUCUUGUUCUAGAUUUUGAAUGACAGCAGUGGCAUUUUAUCUGUCGUAAA